AACUUCGGAGACUGACAACGGCGCAAAGUUCAGCCUGGCAGAAACGGGUCGGAGGGAACGACAGAACGGCGGCAGCUUCUGAUUCCUGAACCACAUACUGCUGUCAGAUUCCACGGCUUUGCACAGCACGGAGUGGAAUUUCUGGAACGUGAGGUCAUACAGAGAGGCAAGUCUUUGCUGAGGUGGCUCACGUAGACAGAUCCUGAGAAAAGAGAGAAGAUCAAACUCAACGCCAUCCAGACAGCAACGUUAGGCCCCUUGACUGGCCAGCUUUUUUUUGCUCCUGGUGUAAUCCUUUGGACUUGCAGAGUUUAGUCUGCACUGUGACAUUGAUCAUUUCCAGUCUUGUCCUUCCUCCAUCAUCCCACUACUAAUGGCCAAGCUGACGGCUUGAAGCAAACUAAAGUUAUUGUCAUAGAGUGCAGAGAAGCAGAGUGGUCCUCUUUUUUCCUGAUCCAAUUUUGGUUGUUUAAUUGAAACCAAUUAAAGUCAAGGAUCGGAAGCGAGAGACAUCCUGUUAUAAUAAUAUAGCCACCUACUAACGUGCCGACCUGUAGAGGCUUAAUUCUGGGCAACAAUCUUGAUCCAAAAAUGCCAGCCAAGACACCAAUGUACUUGAAGACCAACACUCCAAAAAAGGGCAAGAAGCUAAAGCUCCGAGAUGUCUUGUCAGGGGACAUGAUUAGUCCACCUAUGGGUGAUUUCCGGCACAGUGCCCACAUCGGGCCAGAUGGAGAGCGGGACAUGUUUGGUGAUGUUGCCUUCUUGCAAGGGAAGCUGGAUCUUCUUCCAAGUCUGAAUCGCCACUCCUUCAAUAAAGUGGUAACUCAGAGUGCAGCAACAGACCAACUGGACCAUCUAAUUGGUGACGAAAAUGGGGUUUUCCACCACCACCCUCAGCAACACUCCACUCUUCUUAAAAGUACAGUCUCUUUACCAUCAUUUGUACAAGAUCAGGCACCACCGAAACCUCCCAGACUGCACCUGGAGGAAGCUCACGGUCAGAGGUCCAUGUCUGUAAGCAGCGAGAGUGGCCAUUACUACAGUGGUGAGGAGAUGAUCUACUCUGCCUCCAUUCCAGCCUUUAGGCACCUGGUUGCUUCCUCUUGUUCCUUUUCGGAGGCGUCUUCUGAGGACUCCAUGAUGGAUGGUUGCCAGCCCCUAGACCCGAGAAGAGGUUUGAGUUUGGACUCUGAUGCAGGCCUAAGCAAUGAGGAUUUGGUCAGUGAGAACAGUGAGUCUCUGGGCAUCCCAAAAUCAGAGUCCUUGUUCGGCCUAGAUUUGGACCUGGGGCCUUCCAUCUUGGAAGACGUUCUCCGAAUUAUGGAUGAGUACAAGACACAAGAUGUUCACUAUGAGAUCUAGAAGUGGUUGGUCACUAGGAACUCUUCUCAACUCGGACUCUUAGCUCCUUAGUGUGGAGCUGUAUGUUGUUUCUUCUCAUUAACUUUUUUUCUCUGUGAAAUUGAAAAUUGGGAUGACCGCGGGUGACACGGACAUAAUUUAAGUGUUGUAAAAAAUAAUCAGCUGCAAAAACAAAGGGAAACAGGGAAGAACUAAUCUAACUGGACUGGACGCAUCACAAAUGAAAGUGGACAUGAGGGGGUGGUGGUGAAAGGAUUUGUAAUCCCACGACUCCGCAGGCCGGCAGUGACACCCCUUAGUAAAUCUUUCACUUGUAGAUAAUUUUUUCCAUUCAUUUUAUUUUUUUAGAAAACCAGAUAUUCUAAACCCAUGUGUGUCUGGUAGGUAUACGGGUGUAUGAUGACCAUUGGGCAUCCAGAGCAGAAACGAUGCACACUUCAUGGUGGGACUAGUUCUGGAUGCCCCUUUCUUGUUUCACUGCCUCCAAAUUUAGGGAUUACUGGAAUUUUCCAAUGGUGAGAUUACUUGAGGGACAGCAUUGGAGACUCAUGUUGGCCACUGUAAAGACUGUGAUUGACUUCAUGAGCAGGAGAAGAGCUUCAUCAUGAGAUGUGAACCUGAAUGUGUAAAGCAGGGGUAGUGAAGGGUGUUGUGAUCAGAGGAAAGGAAAUGGACACUGACGUUAAUAUAACGUAAAAGAGAUGGAAGUGGAGGGGACUGUCCAUGAGCUGGGAGCUCCUACACUGAAUGUAACUGGAAAAGGUGAGCUUCCCACUUAGAAGAAAUGUUUGGAAGUGAAACAAGAAUAAAUAUCAUGUUUUCAGAUUAGAUAGAAAAACAUCUGAAUUUUAUAGGGCAUUACAAAAUGUCAGUUUCCUACUAUUUUAUAGUAAAAGAACAAUUUGCUUAGUGUUUUUCUUUUGAGAUGUUUACUUAU